AUGGAUGAGGAAAAUGUUGCAAACUUCUGCGGCAUCACGUCCUGCAGCCCAGAGCAGGCAGCCCAGUACUUGCGCCUAACAGAUGGCAACUUGGAGCAGGCCAUACAACUCUUCUUCGACUCUCCUGGACUUGCCGAUGCUCCUGCUGCGCCAUCACAGCCCUCAGCAGCCGCCUCCUCCGCACAGAAUCCCAUCAAUAUCGACUCCGACGAUGACAUGGACUUUGAUUCCGCACCACAAGGCAACGCGCCGUCCACACGAGCACAACCAGGCGUGGAAGACGAUGAAGCCAUGGCACGGAGGUUACAAGAAGAGAUGUAUGGCGGCGGCGCCGCUGGUGGCGCUGGAAAUGAUGAGAUUCGCGCGCCCAUAGAACGAAGAGUGGAAACACUCGUUGGCCCAGGCUCAAACUGGGGGCCUGCCGACGACGAAGAAGAUCUUGAUGCAAUGGUCCAGGAGCAGCUUGCUCGUCGGCGGACAGGUAUGCCACAGACCUCAUAUAUACAGUUUUCGGACUUUGCUGACCCAUCUGACGAAGGCCGCGCCGGUAUCUUCAACCAGCACACAACCCAUACCAAUGUCUGGGAUAACACGACCGAUUCGAGCACCCGGCGACGCGAGCUUGCGACCGCGACGGGCGGUGCUUCGGAGCAGUCUUCUAAGAUGAACAUGCUCGCAGAGCUAUUCCGACCACCGUUUGAGAUCAUGUACCAAGGAUCGUGGGAAAAGGCGCGAGAUAUGGGCAAGGACGAAGAAAAGUGGUUGCUUGUCAACAUCCAAGACCCGGCAAUCUUCGACUGCCAGCGCCUUAACAGGGAUAUCUGGAAGAAUGACGAUAUCAAGGCAACUGUGCGAGAGAACUUCAUCUUCAUGCAGUAUGCAAAGGAUGAUCAGCGUGGACAGCAGUACAUGAACUACUACUUCCACGCCCGUGACAGUUCCGACGCCUACCCCCACAUCGCCAUCGUUGACCCACGAACAGGCGAGCAAGUCAAGGUCUGGUCGGGACCACCAAUACCCGAACCAGUCGAGUUCCAUGCUCAGCUUCAUGAGUUCCUCGACCGUUACAGCCUCAAUGUUAACGCGAAGAACCCCGUAGCGAAGCGCAAGUCUGAGUCUAAGAAGAAGGAUGUCGGUCGCAUGACAGAAGAGGAGAUGUUGGAGAUGGCGCUACAAAACAGCAUGGAUAACGGCAAGGGGCCGAAGGACGAUGACCCAGAUGCUCUCACCAAGUCUACAGACAACAUCAAGGGCAAGGGCAAGGCUGAAGACGUCGAUUCUGAGCCGCCAGCUGAGCCCGAGGCAGCUCCUUCAAAUCCUGUCUUCGCUGCGAUCUCCGCACAUGCUCCUCAUACCGAGCCUACCGUUACUGACCCCAAGGUCACAACUCGCAUCCAGUUCCGUGGCCCGUCAGGCCGUCCCAUUGUGCGCCGCUUCAACCUUACAGACCCUGUUCGCCGUGUCUACGAAUGGAUCAAGUCCGACGUGCCCUGGGAAGGCAAGCAAGGAGCUGAGUUCGAUCUGGCGUUCAUGGGCAAGAACCUUCUCGACCAUGUCGACAACACGGUCGAAGCCGCCGGACUCAAGGGUGCCAGUGUUAUGGUAGAGUUCUUGGAUAAUGAGUAG